UUUGUUUGUUUUUUUUUUUUUUUUCCUCUUCAAACUUAACACAGCUUCUCUCCUUCUUCUUCUUGAUAUCUUUGUGCCUCUUCAAAUUGUGCAACAUUGUAACUCAAACUUGGGAACUAGUAUCAAAGAAAGACAAAAUAGUCGUUUACCAUUUAUCACUCUCUUUCUUUACUAAAACAAAAAUAGUAGUUUUUGUAGAUAAGAUGGCACAGUUCAUAACACAGGGACGCUUGAAGCUGCUCUUCAACAAUGGUGAGGGAGUGUCAUUUGGCUUGGAACCCAAAGACCCAUUUCACUAUAAUAAGCUCAGAUCAGUCCAAACCCACUUGCGCAGGCUCAGGUUUCUUGGCUUUACAACAACUAGAUUUUUCUUUUCUUCUUCUUCUUCUUCUUCUUACGUGAAUAACAAGUCCAGUAGCACUUUCAAUUUGGAGGCGUGCCUUAGAGUUAGUGAUAGUGAGGGUGUUUAUGAUGAUGAUGACGACAAUGAUUUUGAUCAUAAUGAUGAGCUUGAGAGGGAUGAUUUGUCUUGUUUCAGAGGGCUAGUCUUGGAUAUCUCCUACAGGCCAGUCAAUGUUGUCUGCUGGAAGCGUGCUAUUUGUUUGGAGUUUAUGGAGAAGGCAGAUGUACUAGAAUAUUAUGAUCAGACGGUAAAUUCCCCAAGUGGAUCCUUCUACAUACCUGCUGUCUUGAGGGUUCCCCAUUUACUGCAGGUUGUAAAGAGGAGAAGAAUCAAGAACCAUCUUAGUCGUAAAAACAUACUAUAUCGGGACAAUUACACCUGUCAGUAUUGUUCUUCACAGGAAAAUUUAACCAUUGACCAUGUUUUGCCAGCUGCACGAGGGGGAGAGUGGAAAUGGGAAAAUUUGGUGGUUGCUUGUGCAAAAUGCAACUCAAAGAAAGGUCAAUUAACUGUAGAGGAAGCAAAUAUGAAGCUAAUUAAGGUUCCAAAGGCGCCAAAAGACUAUGACAUACUUGCCAUACCACUAACAACUGCAGCAUUAAAGAUGCUGAAAACGAGAAAGGGUACACCUGAAGAAUGGCGUCAAUAUCUGUCAAAGCUGUCUUAGGAGUCAUGAGGUUAUCUGUGCUGGCAAUUGUAUAUUCUUGUGCUUUGUAUACGUUUAACCUGUUCUCAUUCUUGAUGCUCAAGUCACCUAAAUGAACCUCAAAUUUUCAUGUAUUCCAUUGUGGUGCUUAGCAUGUAAUUUACUCAGAAAUUGUAUAAAAAAAUAUAUAUUUGUGCAUAAAUUGUCUAACGUAGUAUUUUUUAUAUUUCUCCUGGCAUUUUA